AUGUCAUUAUACAUAUAGGAAGAAAGAUUCUGGUUAAUUAUAUGUGUGGCAGAAGACUGAGGCUCCUGAGAGCCAGGGGGCACAAGUGGCUCAGCGCCAGUAGUUAUCGCAGGGUCAGAAAGUCGAGAAAAAGACGCCAAGCGUGUGACGUCAUCACUCGACGCCAAGAAACCCGGCGUAGUAUCUGUUGCCGAUGGAAAUGCCGGUGGAGCACAGCCGAUGUCACCACUAACUUCGGAGGAAGAGAGGCAGCGACGGCGCUUUCCACAUCUUUCUAUAGGCAUGGGUGAAUUUGACCGCUUUCUCGACUUGUGGAUGGAGUUAUUGUAGUUUUUGCCUGGCCUCACAAGGUUUGACAGGCACCCAGUUCAAGACACUGAUGGAUGAGAUGGAUGCGCAAUAUGGUGAUGUGUUGUACCACCAGGAGGUCAGAUGGCUCAGCCGAGGGAAAGUUCUCAGGAGAUUUUUCGAUCUGCGUGAUGAGAUCAGAGUUUUUCAGGAAAGCAAGGAUGGUAAUAUUCAAGUGCCCACUGAUAAGAAAUGGCUCUCUGACCUGGCUUUCCUUGUGGAUGUGACAGAGAUGCUCAAUGUUUUGAAUGUUCAGCUCCAGGGAAAGGACCAGAUUAUCACCCAGCUUUUUGAUCACGUCAGAGCCUUCAAACAAAAACUACUGCUACUCAGAAGACAUCUUUCAGCAGCAAAUUUAGUCCAUUUCCCCUGUCUUGGAGAGGUAGGCAUGGUGAAAGAGAAGGUCCAUGAGUAUGAUGCUGUUCUCAGCAACCUUAUCCAGGAGUUUGACAGUCGCUUUGAGGACUUCAGACACAGCACUGCUGACUUUGAGUUGUUUGCUCAACCCUUCACCAUCAGUGUGGAUGCAGUCAGAGACGAUCUUCAGAUGGAACUAAUUGAGCUUCAGUGUGAUUCAGAACUGAAACACAAGUUCACAUCCCUUCCCUUGACAGAGGUCUACAAAUGUGUCCCAGCAAACAGGUACCAAAAGAUGUGUAAGCAGGCACAAGUGAUGCUGUCCCUGUUUGGCAGCACCUACCUCUGCGAGCAGACUUUCAGUCUAAUGAACUUGAACAAGAGUAAACUCAGAAGCAAAAUAACUGACUCUCACCUACAUAAUAUCUUGUCUUUGUCUGUAAGUCAGCUACAGCCCAAUCUUGAAAAACUUCUGAAAAAAUAAGGACCAGCUUCAUACAGUAUGUCUCAUUAGGUCACUGACAUUGCAACCACAUGGUUUUAUUAUUGCUUGUGGAUUUGGCAUUGAACUCUAUUGUACAUUGAACACUUGAUUGUUGGUUUUAUUGUAAUACGUUCUUUAAAAUGCAAAACUUUGCAAAUAAAACUGCAUUAGUUAAUCAGAUUGAAGUUGUUUUAUAUUUAUUUUAAAUAUUAUAAAAAUAAAUAAACCCAUAGCGACUUGAAUGUAAUACCGUUUGAUUUAUGAUGCAAAAUUUACUUUUGGCCCACGGCCCACAAUCAAGUUUGAUUUUUGG